GAUAUUUGCACUAAUUGAGAUGACAUGAAUUUCUACUGAGACGAGCGCAGACAAUAGUCUGCCCUUAUUCAGCGUAAUCCUGUCUGUCCCGGUCGCCACCAUGUCUUUCGUUCCCACCCCAAGCCCCACUGUGGUGGAUCAGACCACCCUUAUGAAGAAAUACCUGCAGUUCGUGGCGGCACUCACUGACAACAACACACCGGAUGAGACAAAGCUGAAAAUGAUGCAGGAAGUCAGUGAGAAUUUUGAGAAUGUCACGUCCUCGCCACAGUAUUCUACAUUCUUGGAGCACAUCAUCCCUCGUUUCCUAACGUUUCUGCAGGAUGGAGAAGUGCAGUUCCUUCAGGAGAAACCAACACAGCAAUUAAGGAAACUUGUUCUGGAGAUCAUCCACCGAAUCCCAACUAAUGAGCAUCUGCGGCCUCAUGCCAAGAACAUCCUUUCUGUCAUGUUCCGCUUUCUCGAGAUUGAAAGUGAGGAGAAUGUGCUCAUUUGUUUACGCAUCAUCAUUGAAUUGCAUAAACAGUUUCGCCCGCCGAUCUCUCAAGAGAUUCAUCAUUUCUUAGACUUUGUGAAGCAAAUUUACAAGGAACUGCCAAAAGUAGUGGCGAGGUACUUUGAGAAUCCUCAGGUUAUUGCAGAAAACACAGUGCCUUCUCCAGAAAUGGUGGGCAUGAUCACCUCUGUAUUAGUGAAGACCGCACCAGAGCGCGAGGACAGCGAGACCCGAACGCAUACCAUAAUCCCCCGGGGAUCGCUGUCACUCAAAGUGUUGGCAGAGCUGCCCAUCAUUGUCGUCCUCAUGUAUCAGCUGUACAAACUAAAUAUUCACAACGUUGUGUCGGAGUUUGUGCCUCUUAUCAUGAACACCAUCAUGCUGCAGGUGUCUCCGCAGGCUCGGCAGCACAAGCUGUUCAACAAGGAGCUUUAUGCAGAUUUCAUUGCCGCACAGAUCAAGACCCUGUCAUUCCUGGCUUACAUUAUCCGGAUCUACCAGGACUUGGUUGGGAAGUACUCCCAGCAGAUGGUGAAGGGGAUGUUGCAGCUGCUGUCUAACUGCCCCCCUGAGACGGCUCACCUGCGGAAAGAGCUUCUGAUCGCUGCCAAGCACAUCCUCACCACAGAUCUACGCAGCCAAUUCAUUCCAUGCAUGGACAAGCUUUUCGAUGAGUCAAUACUCAUUGGCUCAGGAUACACUGCAAGAGAGACGCUAAGGCCCUUGGCAUACAGCACGCUAGCAGACCUGGUGCACCAUGUUAGACAGAACCUCCCAUUGACGGACCUCUCGCUGGCUGUGCAACUGUUUGCUAAGAAUAUUGAUGACGAGUCCCUACCCAGCAGUAUCCAAACCAUGUCUUGUAAGCUGUUGCUAAACCUUGUAGACUGCAUACGAUCAAAGAGCGAACAGGAGAAUGGAAACGGCAGAGACAUUCUCAUGAGAAUGUUGGAGGUUUUUGUGUUGAAGUUCCACACCAUUGCACGGUACCAGCUGGUAUCUAUCUUUAAGAAGUGCAAGCCCCAAUCAGAGAUGGGUGUGGUGGACCCAGGGGCGUUACCAGGAGUCCCAGCCACCCCUACUGUAACUACACCUGCCUUACCUCCACCUGCACCCCCAACACCUGUCACCCCUGCACCACCUCCGGCCACACCUUUUGAUCGACCUGGGGACAAGGAGGACAAACAGACCUUCCAGGUGUCCGACUGUCGCAGUCUGGUGAAGACUCUUGUUUGUGGAGUGAAAACCAUCACAUGGGGCAUCACUUCUUGUAAAGCUCCUGGAGAGGCACAGUUCAUUCCUAACAAGCAACUCCAGCCCAAAGAAACGCAGAUAUAUAUCAAGCUGGUCAAAUAUGCCAUGCAGGCCUUGGACAUCUACCAGGUACAGAUUGCCGGCAAUGGGCAGACGUACAUUCGUGUGGCUAACUGUCAAACGGUGAGGAUGAAAGAGGAGAAGGAGGUUUUAGAGCACUUCGCUGGAGUCUUCACCAUGAUGAACCCUCUCACUUUUAAAGAGAUCUUCCAGACCACUGUUCCAUACAUGGUGGAACGCAUAUCCAAAAACUAUGCCCUACAGAUUGUGGCAAAUUCCUUCCUUGCCAACCUGACCACCUCUGCACUGUUUGCCACCAUUUUGGUGGAGUACCUGUUGGAGCGUCUACCUGAAAUGGGCUCUAAUGUAGAGUUAUCAAACCUGUAUCUCAAACUCUUCAAACUGGUCUUUGGCUCAGUGUCUCUCUUCGCUGCUGAAAAUGAGCAGAUGCUCAAGCCUCACCUUCAUAAAAUAGUGAACAGUUCCAUGGAGCUGGCUCAGUCUGCUAAGGAGCCCUAUAACUACUUCCUGUUGCUGAGGGCCCUGUUCCGCUCAAUAGGGGGAGGCAGCCAUGACCUUUUGUACCAGGAAUUUUUGCCUUUGCUCCCUAAUUUGCUGCAAGGUUUGAACAUGCUGCAGAGCGGCCUCCAUAAGCAGCACAUGAAAGAUCUGUUUGUGGAGCUGUGUCUCACUGUCCCUGUGCGGCUGAGCUCACUUUUGCCCUACUUGCCCAUGCUCAUGGACCCACUGGUGUCUGCACUCAAUGGUUCCCAGACUCUGGUCAGCCAGGGCCUGCGCACACUGGAGCUCUGUGUGGACAACUUACAGCCUGACUUUCUGUAUGACCACAUUCAGCCAGUCCGAGCUGAACUGAUGCAGGCAUUGUGGCGAACGCUUCGUAAUCCAGCAGAGACCAUCUCCCAUGUUGCUUACCGGGUACUGGGAAAGUUUGGAGGAAGUAACCGGAAAAUGUUGAAGGAGUCACAGAAGCUGCAGUAUGUUGUGACCGAGGUUCAAGGCCCCAGCAUCAAAGCAGAGUUCACCGACUGCAAAGCCUCCAUUCAGCUUCCUAUGGAAAAGGCAAUAGAGACUGCACUGGAUUGCCUGAAGAGUGCCAAUACUGAGCCGUAUUACAGACGACAGGCCUGGGAGGUGAUCAAAUGCUUCUUGGUUGCCAUGACCAGCCUGGAGGACAACAAGCAUGCCCUUUACCAGCUCCUUGCUCAUCCCAACUUCACAGAGAAGUGGAUCCCUAACGUGAUCAUCUCCCACCGGUACAAAGCCCAGGACACCCCGGCACGCAGGACGUUCGAGCAGGCCCUGACGGGGGCGUUCAUGUCCGCAGUCAUCAAGGAUCUCAGACCCAGCGCUCUUCCUUUCGUUGCCAGUUUGAUCCGCCAUUACACUAUGGUGGCAGUGGCUCAGCAGUGUGGUCCCUUCUUGCUGCCAUGCUACCAGUCGGGCAGCCAGCCCAGCACAGCUAUGUUUCACAGUGAAGAGAACGGCUCCAAAGGCAUGGACCCCCUCGUGCUGAUUGAUGCCAUCGCCAUCUGCAUGGCCUAUGAGGAAAAAGAGCUGUGCAAAAUUGGGGAAGUAGCACUUGCCGUUAUCUUUGAUGUUGCCAGCAUUAUCCUGGGCUCCAAAGAAAGGGCGUGCCAGCUGCCUCUGUUCUCCUACAUUGUGGAGCGGCUAUGCGCAUGCUGCUAUGAGCAGGCCUGGUAUGCUAAGCUGGGUGGAGUGGUGUCCAUUAAGUUCCUGAUGGAGAGGCUUCCGCUGAUCUGGGUCUUGCAGAACCAGUUGACUUUCCUCAAAGCUCUGCUCUUUGUCAUGAUGGAUCUUACAGGAGAGGUGUCUAAUGGCGCAGUUGCAAUGGCAAAGACCACCCUGGAGCAGUUGUUGAUACGCUGUGCCACUCCUCUUAAGGAUGAGGAGAAGACUGAGGAGCUUCUGUCUGCCCAGGAUAAAUCUUUCCAUCUGGUGACUCAUGACCUGGUACGGGAGGUCACCUCCCCUAAUUCCACUGUCCGCAAACAAGCCAUGCACUCCUUGCAGGUGCUGGCUCAAGUCACAGGCAAGAGCGUCACCAUCAUUAUGGAGCCUCAUAAAGAAGUGCUGCAGGACAUGGUUCCUCCAAAGAAACACCUUCUGCGACAUCAGCCCGCCAACGCUCAGAUCGGCCUUAUGGAGGGCAACACCUUCUGUACCACCUUACAACCCCGCCUCUUCACCAUGGACCUCAAUGUGGUGGAGCACAAAGUCUUUUACACAGAGUUGCUGAACCUGUGUGAAGCUGAGGAUGCUGCUUUGAUGAAGCUGCCCUGUUAUAAAAGCCUUCCUUCUCUGGUGCCGCUGCGCAUUGCUGCUCUCAAUGCCCUGGCAGCCUGUAACUACCUUCCCCAGUCCCGAGAGAAGAUCAUUGCUGCCCUCUUCAAGGCCCUCAACUCCACUAACAGUGAGCUCCAGGAGGCUGGAGAGGCCUGCAUGAGAAAGUUCUUAGAGGGGGCUACUAUCGAGGUGGAUCAGAUCCAUACACACAUGCGGCCCCUGCUUAUGAUGCUCGGAGACUAUCGCAGUCUGACGCUCAAUGUGGUCAACAGACUGACAUCUGUUACUCGUCUCUUCCCCAACUCCUUCAAUGACAAAUUCUGUGACCAAAUGAUGCAACAUCUUCGUAAAUGGAUGGAAGUGGUGGUGAUCACACAUAAAGGAGGCCAGCGCAGUGAUGGCAGUGAAAUGAGGAUCUGUUCAGCCAUUAUAAACCUCUUCCACCUGAUACCAGCUGCUCCUCAGACACUGGUGAAACCUCUGCUGGAAGUGGUCAUGAAAACAGAGAGGGCAAUGCUCAUAGAGGCCGGCAGUCCCUUUAGAGAGCCACUGAUCAAGUUCCUGACGCGUCAUCCAUCUCAAACUGUGGAGCUUUUCAUGAUGGAGGCCACUCUCAAUGACCCACAGUGGAGCCGCAUGUUCAUGAGUUUCCUUAAGCACAAAGAUGCCAAGCCACUUCGAGAUGUCUUGGCUUCCAACCCAAAUCGAUUUGUCCCUCUGCUGGUUCCAGCUGGACCUGCAACAACUGUGAGACCUGGGUCUCCUUCCACAAGCACUGCUCGCCUUGACCUACAGUUCCAGGCAAUCAAGAUCAUAAGCAUCAUUGUGAAAAAUGAUGAAGGCUGGUUGGCGGGUCAGCACUCUUUAGUGAGUCAGCUCAGGCGCGUGUGGGUCAGCGAGGCUUUCCAGGAACGCCAUCGCAAAGACAACAUGGCUGCAACCAACUGGAAAGAGCCCAAAUUACUAGCAUUCUGUCUGCUUAGCUACUGCAAACGCAACUACUCUGAGAUCGAGCUACUCUUUCAGCUGUUGAGAGCCUUCACCGGUCGCUUCCUCUGCAACAUGACCUUCCUGAAGGAGUACAUGGAGGAGGAGAUCCCCAAGAACUACAGCAUAACACACAAACGAGCACUCUUCUUCCGCUUUGUGGAGUUCAAUGACCCACACUUCAAUGAUGAGCUCAAGGCAAAGGUGUUGCAGCACAUCCUGAACCCAGCUUUCCUACACAGCUUUGAGAAAGGGGAAGGCGAGCAACUGUUGGGGCCACCCAAUCCAGAGGGUGACAACCCUGAGAGCAUCACUAGUGUCUUCAUCACCAAGGUUCUUGACCCUGAGAAGCAGGCAGACCUGGCCGACUCAUUGAGGAUUUACUUGCUUCAGUUCUCAACCCUGCUGGUAGAGCAUGCUCCUCAUCAUAUCCAUGACAACAACAAGAGCAGAAACAGCAAGCUGAGGCGUCUCAUGACCUUCGCUUGGCCUUGCCUGCUCCCCAAAACCUGCGUGGAUCCGGCCUGCAAAUACAGCGGCCACCUCUUGCUGGCUCACAUUAUUGCCAAGUUCGCCAUUCACAAAAAGAUUGUGUUACAGGUUUUCCACAGCCUGCUAAAGGCUCAUACUAUGGAAGCACGUGCCAUUGUUCGGCAAGCCAUGGCAAUUCUGACACCUGCAGUACCUGCUCGGAUGGAGGAUGGUCAUCAGAUGCUCACACACUGGACCCGCAAGAUUAUUGUAGAAGAGGGUCACACAGUUCCUCAGCUUGUCCACAUACUUCACCUUAUUGUACAGCACUUCAGAGUAUAUUACCCAGUGAGACAUCACCUGGUUCAACACAUGAUUAGUGCUAUGCAGCGAUUGGGCUUCACCCCAAGUGUGACUAUCGAGCAAAGGAAAUUGGCAGUGGACUUGGCCGAGGUUGUCAUCAAAUGGGAGCUCCAGAGAAUCAAAGACCAACAGCCUGAAUCAGAAGCUGAUCCAGGGAGUGUGGGUGAGGGUACGAGUGGAGCCUCUGGUGCAAUGAAGAGAGGAAUGUCCGUUGACUCGGCACAAGAUGUAAAGAGAUUUCGCACUGCAGCUGGUGCUGUCGGCACGGUCUUCGCCCGCAGUCAGUCGAUGCCAGGCACAGAGGCUUUACUUACCAAACCUGUGGAGAAACAGCACACAGAUACCGUGGUCAACUUCCUCAUCCGCAUUGCCUGCCAGGUAAAUGAUAGCACUAAUGUGGCAGGCUCUCCGGGUGAACUGCUGUCCCGUCGCUGUGUGAACCUCAUGAAGACUGCCCUCAGACCGGACAUGUGGCCCCGUGCCGAACUUAAACUGCAGUGGUUUGACAAGCUCCUUAUGACUGUGGAGCAGCCAAACCAGGCGAACUUCUCCAACAUCUGCACAGGGCUGGAGAUUCUCAGCUUCCUUCUGUCAGUGCUGCAGCCUCCGGCCAUCCUUGCACACUUCAAGCCUCUGCAGCGUGGCAUUGCAGCUUGCAUGACCUGUGGAAACACCAAAGUUUUGAGGGCAGUCCACUCCCUCCUAUCCAGACUCAUGAGCACCUUCCCCACAGAACCUAGCUUCUCUUUAGGCACAUCCUCGGUGGCUUCCAAGUAUGAGGAGCUGGAGUCUUUGUAUGCUGCUGUAGGCAAGGUCAUUUAUGAAGGCCUCACAAACUACGAGAAAGCCAGCAGCGCUAACCCAACUCAAUUGUUUGGAACGCUGAUGAUCCUGAAGUCGGCCUGCAGCAACAACUCCAGCUACAUCGACCGCCUCAUUUCCGUCUUUAUGCGCUCCCUGCAGAAGAUGGUGAGAGAGCACCUGAGCCCGCAACCCAAUCCCGGAGCUGCUGAAACCAGCACAGUGACGAGCGAGUUGGUAAUGCUUAGUUUGGAUCUGGUAAAGGAGAGGCUGUCAGUCAUGAACAUGGAAAUGAGGAAGAAUUUCAUCCAGGUCAUCCUCACCUCUCUCAUCGAGAAAUCUCCUGACCCAAAGAUUCUUCGAGCUGUGGUGAAGAUUGUGGAGGAAUGGGUCAAGAACUCUGGCAACACCAUGGCUACCAACCAGGUGCCCAAUCCGAGAGAGAAGUCCAUUCUGCUGGUUAAAAUGAUGACCUACAUUGAGAAGCGCUUUCCUGAUGACCUUGAAUUGAAUGCCCAGUUCCUGGACCUCGUUAAUUACGUCUACAGAGAUGAGAACCUCUCAGGAAGUGAUAUCACAUCCAAGCUCGAGCCAGCGUUCUUGUCAGGGCUACGCUGCUCCCAGCCGCUGAUCAGAGCAAAGUUUUUCGAGGUGUUUGAUGCAUCAAUGAAGCGUCGAGUCUAUGAGAGGCUUCUGUAUAUUUGCUGCUCGCAGAACUGGGAGGCCAUGGGCAGCCACUUCUGGAUCAAACAGUGCAUUGAGCUGCUGCUGGCGGUCUGUGAGAGGAACACCACCAUUGGCACCAGCUGCCAGGGAUCCAUGCUUCCCUCCAUCACCAACGUCAUCAACCUGGCCGACAGCCAUGACCGUGCAGCCUUCGCCAUGGCAACGCAUAUCAAACAGGAACCUCGUGAGAGAGAAAACAGCGAGACCAAGGAGGAGGAUGUGGAGAUCGACAUUGAACUAGCACCUGGAGACCAAACCAGCCUCCCUAAGACCAAGGAGCAGGCAGAGCGAGACGCAGGUAACCAGCUGCACAUGCUCACCAACCGCCACGACAAGUUCCUGGACUCCCUGAGAGAGGUCAAGACGGGAGCGCUUCUGAAUGCACUGGUUCAGUUGUGCCACAUCUCUACCCCAUUGGCUGAGAAGACCUGGGUCCAGCUCUUCCCCCGCCUGUGGAAAAUUCUGUCGGACCGCCAGCAGCAUGCACUCUCAGGCGAGAUGGGUCCAUUCCUGUGUAGCGGUAGUCAUCAAGCUCAGAGGGAUUGCCAGCCCAGUGCUCUCAACUGCUUUGUGGAGGCCAUGUCUCAGUGCGUACCGCCUAUACCCAUGAGGCCCUGCGUGCUGAAGUACUUAGGAAAGACCCACAAUCUAUGGUUACGCUCCACCCUGAUGCUGGAGCAGCAAGCUUUUGAGAAAGGCCUUAGCUUGCACAUCAAACCCAAACAGAGCACAGAGUUCUAUGAGCAGGAAAGCAUCACUCCUCCACAGCAGGAGAUUCUCGACUCGCUGGCGGAGCUGUAUUCCCUACUGCAGGAAGAGGACAUGUGGGCGGGGCUUUGGCAGAAGAGAUGCAAGUUUCCUGAGACCAGCACAGCCAUUGCAUAUGAGCAGCAUGGUUUCUUUGAACAGGCUCAAGAAACAUACGAGAAGGCAAUGGAGAAAGCUCGCAAAGAGCACAAUGUCUCACCCGCCAUCUUUCCAGAGUACCAGCUGUGGGAGGAUCACUGGAUACGUUGUUCUAAAGAGCUGAACCAGUGGGAGCCUUUGACAGAGUAUGGGCAAUCUAAAGGCCAUAACAACCCAUAUCUGGUGCUGGAGUGCGCCUGGAGAGUGUCCAACUGGGCUGCAAUGAAAGAGGCUCUAGUGCAGGUGGAGCUGAGCUGUCCAAAGGAGAUGGCCUGGAAGGUGAAUAUGCAUCGCGGUUACCUGGCCAUCUGUCACCCCGAGGAACAGCAGCUCAAUUACAUAGAGCGACUAGUGGAGAUGGCCAGCAGUCUGGCAAUCAGAGAGUGGAGGAGACUGCCACACAUCGUGUCUCACGUGCACACACCUCUACUGCAGGCAGCACAACAGAUUAUUGAGCUACAAGAAGCUGCUCAGAUUAAUGCAGGCCUUCAGCCCGCCAACCUAGGCCGCAACACCAGCCUCCACGACAUGAAGACCGUGGUGAAAACCUGGAGAAACAGGCUUCCGAUUGUCUCAGAUGAUCUCUCCCAUUGGAGCAGCAUCUUUAUGUGGCGGCAGCACCACUAUCAGGCCAUUGUAACCGCUUAUGAAACAAACACGCAACAUGAUCCAAACACUAACAAUGCCAUGCUUGGGGUGCAUGCAUCCGCAUCAGCAAUUAUUCAGUAUGGGAAGAUCGCCCGGAAGCAAGGUCUGGUCAACGUAGCUUUGGACAUCUUGAGUCGCAUCCACACCAUUCCCACCGUGCCAAUUGUAGACUGUUUCCAGAAGAUCCGUCAGCAGGUUAAAUGCUACCUGCAGUUGGCUGGAGUAAUGGGCAAAAAUGAAUGCAUGCAGGGUCUGGAGGUGAUUGAGUCCACCAACCUGAAGUACUUCACCAAGGAGAUGACCGCCGAGUUCUACGCUCUCAAGGGCAUGUUCUUAGCCCAGAUCAAUAAGUCAGAGGAGGCAAAUAAGGCAUUCUCUGCUGCAGUGCAGAUGCAUGAUGUUCUGGUGAAAGCCUGGGCUAUGUGGGGCGACUACCUGGAAAACAUCUUUGUCAAAGACCGCCAGCCCCAUCUUGGUGUUUCUGCUAUCACCUGUUACUUACAUGCCUGCCGCCAUCAGAAUGAGAGCAAGUCACGGAAAUACCUUGCCAAGGUGCUGUGGCUGUUGAGUUUUGAUGAUAAGAACACAUUGGCCGAGGCUGUGGACAAAUACUGUAUUGGAGUGCCGCCCAUCCAAUGGCUGGCCUGGAUCCCUCAGCUUCUCACGUGUCUGGUUGGCUCAGAGGGGAAACCUCUCCUCAACCUCAUCAGCCAGGUGGGACGUGUCUACCCUCAAGCGGUGUACUUUCCGAUCCGAACCCUGUACCUGACGCUGAAAAUCGAGCAGAGGGAGCGCUACAAGAGCGAUUCUGGCCAGCAGCAGCCCAGUUCGGCGGCUGCCCAGACCCACUCUGCAUCUGACCCGGGUCCCAUCCGUGCCACUGCUCCCAUGUGGCGCUGCAGCCGGAUCAUGCACAUGCAGCGUGAGCUCCACCCCACCCUGCUCUCCUCUCUGGAGGGCAUCGUGGACCAGAUGGUCUGGUUCAGAGAGAACUGGCAUGAGGAGGUUUUGCGGCAGCUCCAGCAAGGGCUGGCUAAAUGCUACUCUGUGGCAUUCGAAAAGAGUGGAGCUGUGUCUGAUGCUAAAAUCACUCCGCAUACGCUCAACUUUGUAAAAAAGCUGGUCAGCACGUUCGGCGUGGGCCUGGAGAAUGUCUCUAAUGUGUCCACUAUGUUCUCAAGUGCUGCCUCAGAGUCACUUGCUCGGCGAGCUCAAGCCACCGCUCAAGAUCCCGUGUUCCAGAAGAUGAAGGGCCAGUUCACUACAGAUUUUGACUUCAGCGUUCCCGGCUCCAUGAAGCUGCACAAUCUCAUUUCAAAGCUGAAGAAGUGGAUCAAGAUUCUGGAAGCCAAGACGAAGCAACUGCCGAAGUUCUUCCUGAUUGAGGAGAAAUGCCGUUUCCUUAGCAACUUCUCGGCCCAGACUGCUGAAGUUGAGAUCCCGGGAGAAUUCCUCAUGCCUAAGCCCACACACUAUUACAUCAAGAUUGCCAGGUUCAUGCCCAGAGUGGAGAUUGUUCAAAAGCACAACACAGCUGCUCGACGCCUCUACAUCCGCGGGCACAACGGCAAGAUCUAUCCGUACUUGGUGAUGAAUGACGCAUGUCUGACAGAAUCCCGCAGAGAGGAGCGUGUGUUGCAACUCUUGCGGCUACUCAACCCCUGCCUGGAGAAGAGGAAAGAGACCACCAAGAGACACCUUUUUUUCACAGUCCCAAGGGUGGUGGCGGUGUCUCCUCAAAUGCGGCUAGUGGAGGACAAUCCAUCGUCUCUGUCUCUUGUGGAAAUCUACAAGCAGCGUUGUGCUAAGAAGGGCAUUGAGCAUGACAACCCUAUUUCCCGCUAUUAUGACCGACUUGCAACUGUUCAGGCCAGAGGAACCCAAGCCAGCCAUCAGGUCCUGCGAGACAUUCUGAAGGAGGUCCAAGGCAACAUGGUUCCUCGUAGCAUGCUGAAGGAGUGGGCGCUGCACACCUUCCCUAAUGCCACAGACUACUGGACUUUCCGCAAAAUGUUCACCAUCCAGCUUGCUCUGAUUGGCCUGGCUGAAUUUAUGCUGCACCUAAACCGUCUCAACCCAGAGAUGCUGCAGAUCGCACAGGACACUGGAAAACUCAACGUAUCGUACUUCCGAUUCGAUAUCAAUGAUGCUACUGGUGAUUUGGAUGCCAACCGGCCCGUCCCGUUCAGGCUGACGCCCAACAUCUCUGAGUUCCUGACCACAAUCGGCGUAUCCGGACCCCUCACGGCUUCCAUGAUAGCAGUAGCACGUUGCUUUGCUCAGCCUAACUUUAAGGUCGAUGGCAUCUUGAAAGCAGUUCUUAGGGAUGAGAUCAUUGCGUGGCAUAAGAAGACGCAGGAGGACACAUCCAUGCCUCUGUCCCCAGCUGGACAACCUGAGAACAUGGACAGCCAACAGCUGGUGUCUCUGGUCCAGAAAGCUGUGACCGCCAUCAUGACCCGCCUCCACAACUUGGCCCAGUUCGAGGGUGGUGAGAGUAAAGUAAACACCCUAGUGGCAGCUGCCAACAGCUUGGACAACCUGUGCCGCAUGGACCCCGCCUGGCACCCGUGGUUGUAAAGAAACAAACUCUGGCAGAUCGCUGAGAAAUGCAAUACUGUGAAAGUAAAUGCCAGAGUUGAUAAAAUUGUCCCGUGAGUUUAAAAACCAUCAUGUGUUGAGUUAACAAUUAGAAGGGUUAUAUAAUAAUGCACAAACUGUAAUUUAAAAAAAGAGCAGGAUAAUGCGUAAGAUCUUUAGUAUGCACUGUUAUUCACAGGUAAGAGAUACACGCAGCUGUUAAAAGCAGCAAAGUUUGUUUGGAGAGGGACUAUUGUUAAACUGAUGAGCUUAGUAGGGUGCUUUUGUUGUCUGUCGUGUUUGCUAAAGUAUGAAGGUACAAGACAGCCUUUAAGAAAAUACUGUUUCCACAGCCUUUUUUGGCUCCACACUGGAAGAGGGCGCAGCAGCUAUCCCAGCAGAUUUUAUGCAACUCCCAUCAAGCUCUCCUUUUACGCCUCCGCCAUUCUCUCUGACUGACGGCAGCCUUUUAAAUUUAGUAAUCUAAUUUACAUGAAUCAACACUCAGCGAUGUUCAGCAUGUUGUUACGUGUCAGUAUGUCAUAAUUUAAAGUUAUAUGUGGGCUUAUUUUUUUUACCCUUGUACAUCAUGUAAAAAUGACAUUGCAUCCCUUAAUUGCUAUGUACUUUUCUACAGGUUUGUGCAAUUUAAAGCCGUCAUGUGUUACUGUCAACCUUUUUUCUUUUUUUUUCUUUUUUUGCAAAAUACUCUGGAAAGGCAAAAACCUGUGAGCCUUAAGACAGGGGUAGCUCUAUAUUUAGCUCAUUUUUAGUUAAUCAUAGCACAUAAAGUUAUUACUGCUCAGUUUUUCAACUUUGCCUUUUUAGGAGUGUCCCAAAGCAUUUGUAUCUCACUGAUACACCCAAAAGCAGUUUUGUAUACAUUCCCCUCUUUUGUAAAGGUACAGAAUAUUGUGCCAACUUAUGAAUAGUUACCUCUGCAAUGUAAAUAUGCAUUUUGUUUUAAUAAAAUGCUCUUUUUCAAGAAAAA